UAUGUCCAAGUUGAUAAACAAAGGAAAGGGCAUUUGCGAAAGGCAGGUGAAACCCGAGGGCAUAGAUGCUGCAUGCGAGUCUCUUCUAGGAGAAGCCCAGAUUGACAGAGGAGGGUAAUAAUCUGGGAAGCGAAUGAAGAAACACCUUUUGCUUCACUUCACAUAUAGAGGACUUGUGAGAAAAGGGAAAAAGAGUAAGAGAAGAAAAUGGCAAAGUUUAAUUUGCGUAAAGCGGAGCCCAAAGACGUGCCUGACAUAUUGCGACUCAUAAAGGAACUUGCUAAGUAUGAAGAAAUGGAAGACCAGGUUAUAUUAACUGAAAAAGAUCUGCUCGAGGACGGAUUUGGAGACCACCCGUUCUAUCACUGCGUGGUCGCAGAGGUGCCAGCUGAGCAUCAGAAAGUCGAGGGUUAUUCAGUGAUUGGAUUUGCCAUGUACUACUUCACCUACGACCCUUGGAUUGGCAAGCUACUAUACCUUGAAGACUUUUACGUGAUGAAAGAAUACAGAGGUAAAAGCCUUUCUGUCUAUUAUAAAACUGUAGGUAAUCACCAAACUCCCCUGACUAGUUUCAUACUUUCCAUAGGUUUUGGUAUAGGGUCUGAAAUCCUGAAAACCCUCAGUGAUACAGCUGUGAAGAAUCGAUGCAGCAGCAUGCACUUCCUUGUGGCUGAGUCGAACAAGGCAUCCAUCGACUUCUACAAGCGCCGCGGUGCUUCUGACCUCUCGCUGCAGGAGGGUUGGCGACUUUUCAGGAUUGAUAAGGAGGGUCUCUUGAAAAUGUCCGCUGAAGAGUGAGAUGGCCUGAAGAUCCGGUGUUGUAAAGGGGACUUGGGACAGUUCACGCUCUUUUAUCAGUUGAAAUGUUUUAAUUACUUAAAAUAUUCAAAUAUUAUAUUUUAGUUUUUUUUUCUUUGGGCAUUUGAAGUAAUCAAAUAAAUAAGCAGAGAAAAAAAAUGUGCUUUUGAGAUGAAGCUAGUUCACAUUAUUCAUGAAUAUUUCAGUAUUCAUCAGGUAAAGAUUGGUGCUUGUUUUCAGUCAUAUGUAAAAAGGUAUAUAUUUGAUUAACUUCUUAUCAGUAGUCACAUGUGUUAAACUUUGACGUAUUAAAAAAAUAAAAAAGGUGUCAUGUA